UAAAAGAUAAAAUCAUAAUUAUCUCCGCCAUGUUGUGCAGAAGUGUUUUGCUACUGUCAAAUUAAUGGAUUUCUGUACGAAUUAGUGAAUGAAAAUGGAAGAAACUAAAGUUAUUUAUCAUAUAGACGAUGAGGAAACCCCGUAUUUAGUUAAAAUUCCUAUAUCACCAGAGAAAGUAACACUAUCCGAUUUUAAAAAUGUUCUGAAUAGGCCCAACUACAAGUUUUUCUUCAAAUCAAUGGACGAUGAUUUUGGAGUUGUGAAAGAAGAGAUCAUUGAUGAUUUAGCCCUUUUACCAUGCUUCAAUGGAAGAGUUGUCAGUUGGUUGGUAUCAGCAGAUGGGUCAAAUCAAUCCGAUGGCGGUUCCCAAUGCACAGAUAGCGUAACGCACCAAUCAGAAAUAAGAUUACCUCCUCCAGCACCAGAAUCGGUUUGUACCGAUACCGAAAGUAUCAUUAGUUCAAGACAAGGUAGACGGCAUCACAAAUACUCAUCACGUAUAAACGGACAUCUUCCAAGAGUAUAUGAGACUGCAUCAAUAGUGAGUUCUGAUCUGGAAACCACAAGUUUUCAGUCAGAAACAACGGGAAGGCACACUGCUCUGUCAGAGUGUUCCAGCAUUAGCCGAUUGCAUGUGGCUGGUCGAAAGAGACCUCAAAGGAGGCGAAAACAAAGAUUGCAGGCCAUGUCAAGGACAAGUUCAUACUCCAGUAUAACAGAUUCUACAAUGUCUCUGAAUAUAAUAACAGUUACUCUUAAUAUGGACACAGUUAAUUUCUUGGGGAUCUCAAUUGUAGGGCAAAGCAAUAAGGGUGGUGAUGGCGGAAUUUAUGUUGGAUCUAUAAUGAAGGGAGGUGCAGUAGCUUUAGAUGGUAGAAUAGAACCAGGUGAUAUGAUAUUACAAGUUAAUGAUGUUAAUUUUGAAGAUAUGUCAAAUGAUGAGGCUGUUAAGGUAUUAAGAGAAGUUGUACAAAAACCGGGGCCUAUAAAAUUAGUUGUUGCCAAAUGUUGGGAUCCAAAUCCCAAAGGAUAUUUUACGAUACCUAGAACUGAACCAGUAAGACCUAUAGAUCCAGGUGCUUGGGUGGCUCACACAGCAGCUGUCAGAGGAGAUCCAGUAGCAAGACCUCCUAGUAGCUCUACUGUAUCGAGCUCGUCAAUAGCUAGUACAAUACCAGCCAAUGAACGUGAGUGUCUACUAGGUCCUGGUAUCGAUGAACCCCUUUCUGUUAACUCGCCAAUGUCUCAAGUUGUACAAGCAAUGCAGCGAACUGACAGCGGUCUGGAAAUUAGAGACAGAAUGUGGCUGAAAAUAACAAUCCCCAAUGCCUUCAUUGGAACUGACAUGAUAGAUUGGUUACUGACACGUGUUGAAGGCUUUCAGGAGAGGCGGGAUGCCAGAAAGUAUGCUUCGCAUUUGCUCAAAGCAGGCUUCAUUAGGCAUACUGUGAAUAAAAUUACUUUUUCUGAACAGUGUUACUACAUUUUUGGUGACUUAUGUUCAGCGAUGACAAACUUGAAAAUACAGGGUGAUACUGAUAGUGUGGGUCCACUACCAAACGUUCCCAAUUAUAUGCCAUACAGUGGUACCUACAAUCCUUUAGAGUACAUGCCAAUGCCAUUUUAUAGUGAGAACACAGUAUACGGAUAUAAUAAAGAGGAAUCUGUUCUUAGUGGAAGUGGCGGAUCUUCAGGCGGAUCAGAUCAACUCAAAGAUGCAGCAGCAGGUCAUAGCAGUGCGUCUGAUAGUGAUUUGACUUCGCUGGGACCCAGAUCGGCCAUGCCAAUGACCAGUGGCAAUGGUAAUGGCAGCUCCAAUGGUUCUGAACAGAGUAGUGGGACUCAAGUGGCAACUCAGGCCAAAGAUAUUGCCGGUAGUAGACAAUCUUUUAAAAUUGCUAUGGGAAAUCCUUGCGAGUUGUUUGUUGAUGUUAUGUAGAAUGUUAUUUUUUAUAAAACGGCGCGCAUGGAGGAUAACUGUGUUCAUUGAAAAUGUGUAAAUUGCAUGACUUCCUUCAUUUUCUAUUCAAUCUGCAUUUGGUAAAAAUUUCCCAUUAUAUAUAAUUGUACUGUACUACUGAGCCAGUCCAAAACUGAUAAUACUAUGAAUUCUGUGUUUAUCAGUAGCAUUUCUAUCAAUUUAAAGUUGUUAGUAAGACUCAGCCCAAAAUGAGACAGAAGGGCAAGUUACUUAGUAAGUACUCAUCUAUCAUGGUACAGAAUGGGGUCAUUUUAACAGUUUUAUAUUCUAAAAAUGAAAUCGAAGUAAUUUGAAGAUGAUGGAAAAUGCCAUCAAUUUGAAAUUUUCGCCAUUAUAUUCUGAAUGACAAGCACUAAAAUAUAUAGAUAUUAGAUUUGACUAUACUUUUGACUUUUCGGUGCGUUUUUAUCUUGAAAAUGUUUAAAAAGAGUGAUAUUUUCAUUAAAUGGUAACUUUGUGAUUGACUUUUUGGUUACUUUCUUUUUAUAGUAUUUUUGUUAUUAUUUCUCUGAGUAAAAUGUCGAAUUUGAACACAGUUUUCCUUGAAAUAAUUUUUACCACUAGUUAUCAAAGCACAAGUUAUUGCUUUAUAUGUAUAGUAUAUAACCAGAUUUUUUUUUGUAUAUUGAAAGUAUAUUUAUAAAUUUUAGAAAUAUUUAAACAUGUACACGACAGUAAAUAAUUUUUAUAAGAUUGUUUUAAUAUUAUAACUAUUUCUUUAAA